AUGAGUAACUUCUUAAAGGGUAUGAGUAUGCCCUUGCCCAGGCGGGCGCAGCUGGCCCGUGUUGCGGUCGCAGCGUCAGUGGCUGUGGGCGCGGGUGUCGUCUUACACACAGCACGUCGCUCUGGGCACACACGAGUUGCUCCUCAGCAAAUGCAGAGCAGAUUUUAUCUCCCACAACCAGCUGUGGAUGCAAUUUGUGGAGCUGUAGGAGAAGUCUGUCAGAUUGUAAUUCUCUAUCCGUUGGAGACGAUUAAGGUGCGAUGUCAAGCGGAUGGCAUCAGCGCAUCUGCCGUACUGACCAACAUGACACGAGACGGCUGGGGUCCCCGCUUCAUGCAACAGCUUUACAGCGGCAUCGGCAGCGCCACGGCAUUCAGCGUUGUCGUGGGCGCUAUCCACUGGCUCACAUUCUGUGCCGCAAAACGCGCCGCCCUGGACGUGAUGGUGCAGCAGGAACGGCAGCAACAGAGCAGCGAUGCCGCCGCGGCGGCAGGCGGGGCGGCGAACUUGGUGCAUGUUCAGCACACGGCCAGCGGCGACAAGGCACACGUACACUUCAGCAGCGGACACCACAUGCACGAUGAGGAAGUGGCGCUGCAAGAAGGAAUCUCUGGUGCGGGGGUGUCGGGUCCCGGCGGGGGGUGUACCGCUGACGGGUCCGACGUGGGGAUGCUCGCGAGCGCCAACAUGGUCGGUGCGACGGUGGGCGCCAUCGCGACGGCCCUGGUGGAGGGCCCCCUGGAGCUGUUUCGUCACCAGGCCCAGGCGGGGCUCAUCAGCGGGAACCUGUUUCGGGAAAUGGCCAACGUGGUGCGAACCCGGGGUCCCAUGGGUCUGUACUGGGGUUUCCUGCCGUACUGCCUUGAGUCCUUUCCGUACGACAUCAGCGAGCUGGCGACGUACAGCCAGCUGCGGGACGUGUACAACCAGUUUACCAGGGCGGAGGGUACGGCGUCGCCAUUGUUUGGUGCAGCAAGCAAGGUCCCAUCGCAGGUGUGGGACAUUGCAAUCGGCGCCGCGGCCGGCAGCGCGGCUACAUUGAUCUCCAUGCCCUUCGACGUCGUCAAGACAUACAUGCAGACUCACGCAGCAGACGCCAUCAGCCUGAAUGCGGCGGGCCAAGUGGGGGCGUUCUUCAAGACGGGAGUGUGGAUGGUGACCCAUAGGGGUCUCGGAGCGCUGUGGGUGGGUCUGGUGCCGCGCCUGGCGCAGCAGGUGCCCUCAUGCACCAUCUGCUGGUGGGCCGUUGAGGCAUGCCAACACUUCCUCAAGCCCAUCACGGAGCCGGCGCCGGCCAGGACGCCAGCCGUGCGUGGCGCCAUGAGCGCCAGGCGGCUGGGGGCCAGAUGCGAGUUUUAG